AUGCUGGCAGUUCCAGGCUUUUGCACUCCAAGCCUUCCAUUACAAUUCGUCCCAGCCUCAUGUUGGGGUUGUACGCCCGUAUGGACUUCUACCGGUACUGGGAAUUUAACUGUUGUUCCUUCCGAUGUCUGUGCAUCUCAAACAUCCACCUGCCCCACGAGCUCAUCGCCUACACUUGGCAAGCAUUUGAGAGAUACAAACAGCUUAGCAGAGGAUGAGAAGUCAGAGAAAUGCGUGGUGGUUCCAAAGACGUUACGAGUGGAUAACCCAAGCGAGGCUUCAAGGAGUCCUAUAUGGACCACAUUUGGAAUUCAUCCAUAUCCAAAGGAAAACAUUUCGAAAGGUAGUGUUUUUGAAACUUCAGAAACUACUAAUGCAGAUAGCAAAGGUCAUUUUAGGGAUACUCCUCAAAUUUUGGAAGCAAAAACUGGAAGCUUUUAUUCUCUUUUAUAG